AUGCAUAUUUGCAGCAGUUGUGUGGAGGGAUACCACAAGAAACAUGACAUACUUUCACCAAGGACCAUGCGUCAGGUGGAUGUUGGUGAGGACUCUGGGCAGCAUGACUCAGCAGUGCCCCCUCCUGGUAACAUCAAGUUCCUGAAAGUUGGAACAAACUCUGUGGUGUUGACUUGGGGAUUCCCAAAGGAGCUGAAAGGAACUGAGAAGUUCAGAGUUAAAUGGAGCUCAUUAACAGAAGCAGUAGGUUCCUUAGUCAUCAAAGAUUUGAAUACAGUGGAAAUAAAUGAUCUUCAACUUGGAGAGCGGUAUUUCUUCAGUGUGGCCACAGAGGAUGAGGAUGGCAAUUUAAGCAGAUGGGUAAAAGAAAGUGUUCUGACAGCUGUGCCACCUCCCCGACAUCUGUUUAAAGAUCAUUCAGAGUCCACAACCCUGUCUUUAACUUGGACCAAAGGAGAAAACAUGGAGGGAAUCCCACAUCAAUUCCUGAUUACUGUCAAAAGUCCAGCUAAAAAACCUUUUGUCAUUUGCACAAAAAGCUGCCAAAAGACUUUAUCUGACUUAGAACCAGACACGGAGUACAGCAUAUCAGUCUGCACACUGCUGAAUGACAAGACCAGUGAUCCAGUUUCUAUCACUGUACACACAGAGCUGUGCCUCAGAGAGGUUUUGUCAAUAAUGGGACUUGAAGAGCAUUAUGACAUCAAACUUAAAAUAUGCAACAUCCUGAAAAUUACUCGGAGUGACACAGAGAUCGAUAUGGAAACAGCAGAAUCCCUUCAUGAGGCCUUUCUCAAGAGGCUUUUUAUGGGGAACACAAAUGCAAGAAGUGUGAAAUAUAUGUUCAGUGAUUCGGAUGUGGACAAGAAAAAUGUCAUAAAUCCGCUAGAUUUGAUAACUGCACUGUUUCUGUGUUCCGACAAAUUCCUACAGCAGAAGAUUAUUGAGAAAAUGGUUCUUUGUCAGUUUGCUGUCCCACUCCUGCUGCCUGACAGUGAAACAAGAGAACUGACAAUGAUGCUGUGGUCUAUGCGUGAAGUUGUCCGAACCUUCAAACCAUUGAUGCAAGCAUUCCGAGGGUCAAGCACUGAAGAAAGACUUGUGCAGUCUGAAAUUGCUCUUAUAUCAUUUGUCAGAUUGGGGAAGCAUUUCCUUUCUAAGUCACAGAUGCUAAACCAAGUGCUAAGUAACACGGAGCAGUACCAUGACAUAUUUUAUCAUUCUGGUUUGGAGUGUGGAGAUGUGCCAAGAAGAAUAUCAGAGGGGCUUGUUGAUUUCUCCUGGUACCUUCCUUGUGGCAUCCGUUCUGUUGAUAAAUUCAAUGAACCAAUAGCUGUUGCCAACCUGAGAGGUGAUAUCAGGACCUUUGUUAAGCAGUUCACUUUCCUUUGUCAGUCAUCUGCAGUUGUUUACAUCUUCUGUGAUGAAGCAGAGGUUGAGUACCUCAAAACUGUGCAAGUAAAAGAUGUCAGAGCAAAAAUUAUUUUGAUUAGCAGCAAAAAGGGGAAAUCCUUUAGAUUAAAAUAUAUGACCAUCAAGCCAAGCAUAAAAACAAAAAAUAUAAGUGAAACAAAAAGAACUGAAAAAGAGUUAGCAAGAGCCCUUCAGGAAUCAGUUUCUAGAAUACUCGAGAAUAAAACAAAAAAAGUCUCCCUGGAAAAUCUGGCUGAAAGAGCUCGGAGUUGUGAGAUCCUUGUGGAUGAAGACACAGAUGAAUGCAAAACUGGGCUGAGGAAUUCCAGACUCAUCACUUCAUGUAUUGAUAAAAUACCUGAGUUCAAAGAACAAGAACUGCCAUGUCAGGGAAUCAUCUGGAAAGCAAUAUCAGGGGUGCAAAUGGAGCACUGUAGAUUACACAAAGUUGGCAAACUGAAAACUGAGGAUUACCGUAAGUCUUUGGAAGCAAAAGAAAAAGAGUUCAAAAAGAAGCAACACAGGUUUGAGAUGACACCUAUGAUAUCAAACUUUGUUAAAGGUAUCAGUGCCUCUGAAGCUCACUGUUCUUUUUUCCUCAAAUGGAUGGAAAUGACACUGGAGGAUUUUUCUCGACAGCAGCUGUCAGCUCUGCUGGAUCAAUACAAGAGACUAAAACAUGAGUCUCCAAAAGAAAAAGAUAUAAUAGCAGAUGUGGAGCAGCAAAUUUCUAUUUGCUCUUUAGGAAUGCAACAUUUUUUUCGAGAAUGUGGGCAGAGGUAUACAUGUGCAAAUGGUGUACCAGAAUUUAGCAAUCUAAGGAAGAGGUUGGAACAGCUGCCCUAUUAUUUUGCUCAGUUGAUGCUAGAUAGUUUCCCUUUUGAGCUUGUUGAUGGGGAUGCAGGAAACAUUCCAAUGAAGUGGAUGAGAGCUGUCCUUGCUGAACUUCACCACCUUAUACAGUCAAACAGCAGGGUCAAAGUUAUUUCAGUCAUUGGUGAAGAAAAUUCAGGAAAAUCAACUCUGCUCAAUGCCAUGUUUGGGACCAGGUUUUCCAUCAACAGAGGAAUGUGCACUAGGGGGGCAUUUAUGCAGCUGAUCACCGUCAGCAAACGUGUAAAGAGGGAGAUAGGCUGUGACUGCAUUAUGAUAAUCGACACUGAGGGACUGAAGGCACAUCAGAUGAUUCAGGACGACCAUAGCCACGAACGUGACAAAGAAGUUGCGAGUCUUGCUGUGGCAUUAAGCGACAUUACAGUAGUGACUUUUUCCAAGGAAAGCUCCACAGACAAGGACUUCUUAAGGAUGGUAGUUAAUGUUCUGGCAAGGGUAAAAGUUGCAGACAAGAAAACAUUGUGCCACUUUGUUCAGGUUGACAUUAAUGAAGUCUCUGUUUCUGAGGGAAAGAAGAGAGAUAAGGAGUUGUUAGAUCGGCUCAAUGUACUGAUCCAGAGGGAUGCUGAGAUAAACGCAAGAAAGCUUGCUGAUCUGGUAGAGUUUGAUCCAUACACCUGGAGCUGGUACCUUCCUUCAGCUUGGAAAGGGACACCUCCAAUGGCGGCUUACAGCACUGACUACAGUGAGACUGCACAGGCUUUGAAAAGUCAACUGCUAAAAGACCUAAAAAAGUGCCCCGAGAGGGAUGAUCUGAUGGAUUUUGCAAAGAGGAUAGAACACAUCUGGAAAUCUCUAUAA